AUGAAAAUUGUCUACUAGUUUUCUACACUGACAACUUUUAUUUAUGUAUUUCUUAGUCUCCCAACACUAUAUUGUUGCCCGUAUAGUGAUUAUGAAGAUGCCUUAUUGCCCAUAGAGUCUCCAAUUCUUAACUCAUAUGUCAAUAUAUAUAUGGGAAUUUCAUUUGAAUUUGGGUUUUGGAGUUUAUGUGUUCCUCAAUAACAAUUUAAAAAUGUCCCCUAUGUUGAUUAAGAAUUUGAUGAAAACUAAUUAGAAGAUGGAUAAUUCUUAUUUUUAGUUAAAGGCUAUAAUGGUGUUUCAGUGAUAGGAUUUAUUUCGAUGAGCUUAGAACCUGAUCUAGUUAUUUAUAACAUAAUAAUCAAUGGAGACAACAAACAAAAAUUAGAUUUUAACUAUCACCCCAUUAUUUAUGAGGGGAAAUGGAUUUUAAAUGUUUUUACAUAUGACUUUGAUAAGGGUGAAAUUUCUUUUGAGAUGACAGAUUAAGUUAAAUAAAGUAUAAAUGUAACAACAAUGCUUACAAUUUAUACUUAAAUUUUCUUAGGAGGAAGAGGAAAAGUAAUAUUAUAUUGUAAAUUUGAAUAGAUUGGAAAAUUAAACCUAAAUAAUUAUAAAGGGAGAUUGUCCAAGAUCUUGCUUAGAAAUGAAGAAUUUUAGAUUGGAUCCUUAUUCAAAUAUAUGGAGGAUAAUUGUUAAGUACCGCUUCCAUUAACGGAAGAGUAAAAAAUUUAUUUGGUCAAAGGAUUAUAAAUAUUCAAUGGUGAUACAUCUCUCCAAUAUACCAUUAAUUAAUUUGGNACCAACUUUUUUACAAUUUUAAUAUACUCCUUCAUAAAUGACUUACGAAUAUCUAUCCAAAUUAUCACCCAAUUCAAUCCCAACUCCAUAUACAAUGUUAUUUAUUAACGAAUAUCAUUAAUUUAAAAAAAGUAUAUUCAUUUUUGGCUUAUCAACCAUGUAUAUCUAAAUUAAUUUUAAUCAAAUAAAUAUAUCUCUUACAUAUGA